UCAUCACCUUCUUCGUUCCAAAACCCUGAGUAAACCUUCCGCGUCGCUGCAUCCAUCUCUCACAACUGAACAAACCAUGGAACCUCCAACGAAGAAGAGCAAAAAGAAGAAAACUUCAAAGCAAUACGGCGUCGCCGAACUCAAAACCCUAGGUGAGAAACUUCUCUCAUCAGCCUCAAACAUCAACAACCUCCCUCUUCUUCUCACCUUCGUCUCACCUUCAUCUCCGCCUCAACAUGUCCUCGAAUCGCUUCUCUCACUUCACUCCUUCUUCCUCCCACUCCUCCCUCAACUACCUUCCUCCUCCGCCACUGCCAACGUAUCCUCCUCCGACAACGCCGACGCCGACGCCGACCAGUCCAAGUUCAUUUACCUCACCUGGCUCCGUUCUAAGUUCGAUGAGUUUCUUAAAUCUCUUAUAGAUGUUCUUGUUUCCGAUCAAUCGGAUGAAACUCUGAAGGAAGCUGUGUUGGAUACGUUGAUGGAGUUUGUGAAGGUUGCUAAUGGUGGCACGUUUCAUUCUUCUUUAUACAACAGAAUCAUCAGUAGUAUUAUUCACUCUACUGGUUCUGCUGAAUUUUUGAUUGAUUUGCUAACAUCCAAGUAUUUCAAGUAUAUUGAUGUCAGUUAUUUUACAUUCAUAAGUCUAGAAAAGCUUGCUAGAAAUUUGGAGGGAAAAGAUGUUUCAGAUGAUAAAACUGCAAGUGUAGACGGCAGUGAUGGAAGUCAAUUGAGCUCAAAUAUUGAGGGUGUCAUCCACAAUAUGCACUACACCAUUUCACAUGUCCCCUUUCUUGAAAAAUCCGAUGAUACAUCAGGUUUCGAAAUGUGGAGUGUAUCAGAAAGUGAUCAUAAAGUGCUUUCUGAAGAUUUGGAUGAUAAGCAGCGUAAGUCCAAGAAGCAUAAAAGUAAUGUACUGUCUGCAGCCAGAAUCGCCAAAAAGAUGAAGUUAAAAUUUACUAAUGCUUGGAUUGCGUAUCUUAGAUUGCCACUUCCACUUGAUGUGUACAAAGAGGUUCUUGUUAAUCUUCACCAAACAGUGAUUCCUCAUCUAUCUAAUCCCAUCAUGUUAUGUGAUUUCUUGACAAGGUCAUAUGAUGUUGGUGGUGUAGUCAGUGUGAUGGCUCUUAGUAGCCUUUUUGUCCUAAUGACCCAGUAUGGAUUGGAAUACCCAAAUUUUUAUGUAAAACUAUAUGCAUUAUUAGUUCCAUCUAUCUUCAUGGCCAAACAUCGUGCAAGGUUUUUCCAGCUUCUUGAUACUUGCCUUAAGUCACAACUUCUUCCAGCUUACUUGACUGCCUCCUUUGCGAAGAAACUGGGUAGGUUGUUGCUUUCAGUUCCGCCUUCUGGUGCAUUGGUUAUUACAGCCCUGGUUCACAAUAUUUUGCGUAGACAUCCUUCGAUCAACUGUUUGGUGCACCGGGAAGAUGUUGAAGAGAGUGAUCAAAGAACAGAUGAAGUGACUGCUUCUAACUUGGAUAAUGCCGUGACUGGUGCAAUACCCCACCAGAAAUCGGGCAUUGACCAUUUUAAUAUUGAGGAAACUGAUCCUAUGAAGUCAGACGCUAUGAGAAGUUCUCUUUGGGAAAUUGACACUGUUCGUAACCACUACUGUCCUCCUGUCUCACGGUUCGCGUUGUCCCUUGGGAAUGAUUUGACAGUCAGGGCAAAAACAACUGAAGUUAAUGUUGGUGAUUUUAGUGCUGGCUCGUAUGCAACAAUACUUGGAGCGGAGAUCACACGGAGGGUGAAGCAGGUUCCUCUAGCAUUCUACAAAACAACUCCAUCAUCCCUCUUUUCAGAGAAUGAUUUUACUGGUUGGGCUUUCCAAAGUGAAGAAACGUCCCAAAUGAUCGACGACAAUAACGAGAAUGCUGCUAAAGAUUUAUUGGACCCAGAACACUGUUCUGGCAAAAGACAACGAAUUGAGUGUCAGUGAAUCUGAUUCAUUUUUGAACACAAUUCACAUCUUAAAUUAGAAUGUUUGCUUUGCUGUAAAGAUAUGUUAUUUUUAAUUUAAAAUGUUCUGUUGGAAAAAGGAAGAAAGCUUCUGUUGAAGGAUUUUUCAGAGAAAAGAAGAAAAACAUCUAAGGGUAGGCAGUUUUUAUAUUGGAACAUAUUCCACUAUUUAUACGCGGUUUAUCGCUACAAGUUUUGUAUUAUUUAGUUCUGCAGGAGAAAUUUUGAUGGUGUUGUCUGAGUAUUUUCUUAAUUUAUAUUGUUGAGUAAAAAGAGAAAGGAUCAAUCAAUGGUAGAAUGUGUUUGAACAGGGAAGCUGUUACAUAUUUGUUAAAUUGAAAUUAAGUACGAAUAUUGAACUAGUUAGUUAGCAUAUUUAUUUGUAAUUAUACUCGUAAAACUAAGUAUUUUGUUAGCAUAAUUUUGUGCACUCUUAGAUGGUGAAAAUAGUUCUUAUGUAGGUUGCUUGAUCUAUAUAUCAAAUGUAUGAGUAGUAUUCCAAAAAUUAUUUAAGUGAUCAUUUGAAUUAUCAAAAUUAGGGAAAUAAUCUAUCUGUGUUUAGUUUGGUACAACAUUGAAAGAUUUACUGUCAUUAUAAAAGGAGAUAUAUUAACCGGUGGAAGACUUCAAUUUCUGACGGGAAAAAAGAGAGUCAUUCUGCAUUUUUGUUUGAUUGUC